AUGCUGGGAUCUCAGGGCUGGCUCUCCACUUCCAGCGCCAUCCAGAAUCCGCCUUGUGCGCGGCGGCUGCUGAGCCUCCUUGGAGACGUGCACCGCUUCGCCCCUUCUGUGGCCUCCGCCAAAGAGGACCUGAAGGAUCUGCUGGGUGAAGGCCGCUACGAUAUCACCUGUGGCCUGAUAAUCACAGCUGGGAGACACGCGAGCGGCGAUCGGGACUUGAAGCUCGGAGUCAUGGAGGCUUGGGAAGGAGUUCUGGCUCUCGCCCAGGGCUUGCCACAGGGUGAUGCGUCGGAUGCCUUCAGAAACCUC